AUGGGAGCAAGAAAAAACAGGAUGAGAGGACGAGGUAGAAUUCAAGGGGCUGGGAGAAGUAUUGUUAUUGAGAGAAGUGAGGUUAAGAAGGAAGAGAAGGCGGAAGGGAAGUUCAAUGUCGAUUUCCAGGAGCUUAACGAAGAACUAUCUGGCAUCGAAUUAAAAGAGGAGAAUUCAAAGUGCUCUGAUGUUGAUGAGAUGGUGUGUGAGAGAGUCUGCAAAGACGACAAAGUUGAGGAAGUACCUGAGGUAUCCGAGAUUAAUAGGGAAAAUACAGUGGAUGAAGAGGUGGAGGCUGAGAAGAAGGAAGAGAAUAUCGAAAACAGAAAGGAAGAAGGAGAAGAUGCUGUAAAAGCAUCGCAAGCCCUCUAUCCAGCAACACCCAGUGUAUUGACCACUGUUAUACCUCAGACACCAAUGAGGAGGGUACUUCAUGAGGAAGGAAGCCAUCUUUUUGUUAAGGAGGAAAGUAUGGCUCUUCCUGGGAAGGUGAUUAUCAAUAGGUAUCCGGGACAUUUGUUUAUUCAUAUAGACCAGGUCGAGAGGUUCAUGACAUCCAGGAAGGAGGUGGAGAGUGUAUCUAUUAAGAUUGAAUCGAAGGGGAUCUUCUAUGAGACAAAGAAAUAUCCAGUGCAGCCGGACAUAGGAAUCAACGAGAUGCUGCAAGUCCCCAUCAACAAGGCCGAGAGCAAUGGAACACCUCUGAGAUUUAUACUUCUCCUGUACCACAGGUCUGGAAAUAUAGUAAAGUCGUGUGAAACUGUGCUUGUGGUUGACGGAAGUAGAAUCCGCUCAAUACAUAACAAUCUUCUCGAAAGUAGAUUGGCAUGGGACAACUAUGUGUCGAGGAAUCUAUUUAAAAGCAUUCGAAGCUUUUUUACAAGUGGAGCACCUGAUGCAUGGAGCCUGAAGAUUUACUUGUCGUUUGUGUCGGACGAUGAGCUUAGGUUGAUUCCUGCGCCUCUUCCUCAGGACCUUAAGUCCCUCAGCAAGUGGCUGGUGGUGAAGAAGUUUUCUUAUAACAUAUGGUUUAGAGGAUUUGUGAAUGUCCGGGGAGAUGUUGAAAAGGCAUGUACCAACCUAUGGAAGAGAAGAUAUGUUCGAUGCUAUGGAUACAUGAUCUUUAUAUUUAACGAGCAUUCGAGAAGCCUUGUUGGGACAAUAAACCUCGUGGAUGCAAGCUUUGAUCCAAGCACGAGUAACAAGGUAUAUUUAGAGAACUUUCUUCGGAUUAAUGUUGGGGAGAAGGUGGUUGAGUUGCAUUUUGACACAAAGGACAAAUAUAAUACAUGUAGGAGCGCACUUACCAUGAUGCUUCCACGAACACUGUUUCACAAGAAGGGGUGA